AUGUGUUCGUCAAUUUCCGUAAAAAACGAAGUGUUGGAUCGAUAUAAUGAGUUAUGUUAUGAUUUAAAUAUGGAUAAUGAAACAAAAGAAGAAGCAAUGAAAAAUUAUGUUGAAGUAUUAAAACAUUAUGUGUUAGAAGGUGAUGAAAUUCAUUGGUUAUCGAUUUCAUUAUAUAUUUCAUGUCGAGAAAAUAAAUUUUUAUUGAAAAAUCAAAAUAAUCCGAUCUCGUUAACACGAUUAUUAAAAAGUGCAAAUAAUUUGUCAAUUUUAAAGUUUUUUUCGAAAUUACAUCAAUGGGAAAAUAUGAGAAAUCUUCCUGAAAAUCUUCGAAAAGAAAUUAAUCAAAUUGAAAAAUCAUUUGAAAUUUCUUCAAUAAUUUUUGAAAAAUAUUUACAAAUCUUUUUUUCAAUUUUUCAUGGAAAUCUGGAGAAAUUCAAUUGUAAAAAUGAAAAGAAGAAAAAUUUAAAAUUACAAAAAGACGAAAAAUAUUCGUUGAACGAUUUUUAUUCGAUAAUUUGGACAAUUUAUUCUUUAUCGAAAACGAUUUAUCCGUCGACAUUUAAUAAUUUAAUGAAUUCGUUUCAUUUACUUUUGGCUUCAUUUGAAUUUAUUUAUCAAAUAAUGAAGAAAUUUCAAUUGAAUUUCUUCUUCAAGGAAAAUCUUCGUGAAAAAGAAAGUUUAAUCGAAAUCUUCUCGGAAAAAUAUUCGUGUUCAUUUGAAAUCAUUGAAACAAUUUAUUUUGAACAUUUGGAAAAAGAUUUGAUUGAAAUGAAAAAUUUGAAUUUGUUCGAAAUGAGAAAUUUCAUCACAAAAAAAUACGAUGAAAUUAUUUUAACAAAUUGUAUUAUCGAUGAAAGAAUUUUCUUAGAAAAUCAAAAUUUCUUUUCGGAUUUUCUCAAUUCUUUAAAUGAAAAUCGAAAUUCGAAGACUCAUCUCAAUAAAACACCUUUAACUGCAAAUCAACAUUUUCUUUCUUUCAAUUCCAAUGAAAAACAACAAAAUUUAACUCCAAUUUCUCAAGCAAAUCAAUUAAUCGACAUUUUAUUUCAAAUUUCCAAAAAUCAAACGACAAAACCUUCGAAAAAUCUUCUCAUUCUCAUUGGUCAACAACGUUUCUUAGACGAUUUAAUUGAACGAAUUUCCGAAUGGAAAAGAUUAUUUUUAGAAAAUUAUCAAGAAAAUCAUUUCAUUUCUUCCAAUGAAAGAAAUUCGUGUGAAAAACAUUUUGAUUUUUCAUUGAAAUUAUUUUAUUCUGCAUUGGAAAAUAUUUUAAUUAUUGAAAAAUCACGUUUAGAAUCGAAUCAAAUGACAAAUCAACAAAUUCAACAAUCAUUUCAAAAAUUAAUUUUCAACAAUGAAUUUCUCAAAUCUCUUCUUGGUUUAUGUUUAUUAUUGAAUUUCUAUGCUCAUGGUGAUCAUUAUCAUGAUUUUCAAUGGAUUUGUCAUUUAUAUUCAUUACAAGGAUAUUCGUUUCUCAAAAUGAUUCAAAUUUAUUUGAAAACAAAUAAAGAAAUCUCGAAAUGUCGAUUCUUCAUUAAAUAUUUGUCAUCAAUUGAAGAAAUGAUUUUGUCUUCAUUGGCUUUUGAAGAAAAAUCUCAUUUGUGGAAUGAAAUUCAAUCGAAAGGAAUUUUAACUUAUGAACAAAUUCAACAAAUUCAACACAAAUCUUCUUUAAUCACACCAACAAAUUUAACAAAUCUUUUUCUUCAUUCUCCAUCAUCUUCAAAUCAAGUCAAAAGAAAAUUAUUUGAUUCAACACCAAUUAUUCGAACACAAUCAGAUCCUUUAAGAGAAAAUCUCAUCAAAGAAUCUCCAUACACAAUGUUUUAUCGAAAAUAUUAUCAAUUAGUUUUUACUCGAUUAGAUUUAUUAUGUUCAAGAUUAUUUGGAAGAAAUUCUAAUGAAAUUAAAAAAACUAUUUGGAAUUUUUAUUUAUUUUUAUUUGAAAAUUAUACAAAAAAGUUAUUUUGUCAAAGAGAUUUAGAUCAAAUCUUAUUAUCAACAAUUUAUUUCAUUGCUCAACGAGAAAAUUUCAAUUUCACAUGGAUUUCGCUUCUUCAAGCGUAUAAAUCAAUUCCAAAUUCGAAUUUAAAAACGAUUCGAAGUGUCUUUAUUAAAACAAUUCAUUCCAAUGAAAUUAUCAAUGAAAGAAAUCCAAAUCAACUUUGUUUAACUCCAUCGAAACCAGCGGGAACAAUUCAUUUAUUUGACGAUAAAUUCAUUGGAGAUAUUCACAGUUUUUAUGAAGAAAUCUUCAUCAAAAUUGGCAACUUUGACGAGUUUUUUGCAAAAAAACAUCUCAUCGAUCUUCCAGUGAAAAUCAAAGUGAAUGAAAAUCAAAACGAAAAGAUUUCGAUUAAUGUUGGAGAAAAUCUUUUUGUGAAAUAUUCAUCGAAUUUCAUCAAAUCAAAUUCAUCUAACUCUGUUCAUCAACAAAAUCCAAAUGAUUCGUCGAGACAAUUUUAUCCGAAUUCUUCAGCAAAUAUUUUAUCUUCAUCAAUUCAAGCUGGAGUUCACAAUCGAGUGAAAACAACAACGACGAGAACUGAAGAUGGAAAAUUUUUGACAACGAUUUCCACUGUUCAAGAUAAUCUCAAUCAGAGAAAUGAAAAUCAAUGCAAUAAUGAACACAAAGAGACAAGUCUGCUCUUUGGUCAAUCAUCAACUUGUUCGUUGAAAAGAAAUUUUCAAAAUUUUACCAAUUCAAAUACAGAUUGUUUGACAAGUUUAACGAAAAAGGUUUUACAAAUCGAAAAUGAUCGACAAGUCAAUUCAACUAAUAAUUAG